CCGGACGCGGAAGUGCCGCGCGGUACCCGCGGGACGGCACCGGCAGGGCAGGGCCGGGCCCCGCGUUGGGCGCUCCGCGAGCAGGGCCGGGACUGCGCCGCGCUCUGCUCUGCUGCGGCACGGCCGGCCCCGGCCGCGCUGCCUGGGCCUGUGAGCGGCACGGAGCGUUGAGGUGUCCGGGCUCCCUUCGCGCCCGGACUGCGCCGUUCUCCCCGGUGUCCUUCCCCCGGGGCUCUGCCGUGAGCCGCCUCGCUGCUCGCUCUGCGCCUCUGCGCUACUGCCCCCCGUGCGGAUAUGCAAGAUGCCUUUAACUGUCUUGGCUCGAAGCGUCUGAGAGGAACUGGAGCUCAAGAUGAGAACCAACAAGGUGUACAAGCUCGUCAUCCAUAAGAAGGGGUUUGGAGGCAGUGAUGAUGAGCUGGUGGUGAAUCCUAAAGUAUUUCUUCAAAUUAAGCUGGGAGAUGUUGUGGAAAUUGCACAUCCCAAUGAUGAGUACAGUCCCCUGCUUCUCCAAGUGAAGUCACUUAAGGAAGAUCUGCAGAAAGAAACGAUAAGUGUGGACCAGACAGUGGCACAGGUGUUCCGCCUGCGGCCGUACCAGGAUGUCCAUGUCAAUGUUGUUGACCCAAAGGAGGUGACCUUGGACUUGGUGGAGCUGACAUUUAAAGAUCAGUAUAUUGGGCGUGGGGAUAUGUGGAGGCUGAAGAAGAGUUUGGUCAGCACAUGUGCGUAUGUCACCCAAAAAGUUGAAUUUGCAGGUAUCAGGGCCCAGGCAGGUGAACUGUGGGUAAAGAGUGAGAAAGUCACUUGUGGAUACAUCAGUGAGGACACCCGGGUGGUCUUCCGCUCCACUUCUGCCAUGGUUUAUAUUUUUAUCCAGAUGAGCUGUGAAAUGUGGGAUUUUGAUAUUUAUGGGGAUCUAUACUUUGAGAAAGCUGUGAAUGGUUUCCUUGCUGACCUCUUCACAAAAUGGAAGGAGAAGAAUUGCAGCCAUGAAGUGACAGUGGUUCUAUUUUCGAGAACAUUUUAUGAAGCAAAAUCUAUAGAUGAGUUUCCUGAAACGCAUCGUGCAUCAAUUCGGCAGGAUCAUGAGGGAAGAUUUUAUGAAGAUUUUUACAAAGUUGUAGUUCAGAACGAGAGGCGGGAAGAGUGGACCUCCUUGCUUGUGACCAUUAAAAAGCUUUUCAUCCAGUAUCCUGUGUUGGUACGACUCGAGCAAGCAGAGGGCUUUCCUUCAGGUUGCAAUUCUACCUCAGCACAAGGGAACUACCUGGAGGCUAUAAAUCUUUCAUUCAAUGUGUUUGACAAGCAUUACAUCAACCGCAACUUUGACCGCACGGGGCAGAUGUCGGUGGUGAACCCCGGCGUGGGGGUGUUCGAGGUGGAUCGGCUCCUCAUGAUCCUCACCAAGCAGCGCAUGAUCGACAAUGGGAUAGGUGUGGAUUUAGUGUGCAUGGGAGAGCAACCCUUGCAUGCUGUACCACUCUUUAAGCUCCAUAAUCGAUGUGGCCCUGGUGACUCACGAAUGGGUGAUGACUACAAUAUCCCACACUGGAUAAAUCAUAGUUUCUACACAUCCAAAAGCCAACUCCUGUGUAACAGCUUCACUCCACGAAUCAAGCUGGCAGGAAGGAAGCCACUGACAGAGAAAGCAAAAAAUAAUCGUGAUGCCUCAUUAGGAGCUCCAAAGGAUGCUGAGAAUGCCUUGCCCAUUCAGGUGGAUUAUGAUGGCUAUGAUGCCCAGGUGUUCAGACUGCCAGGCCCAGCCAGAGCCCAGCGCUGCACCACUUUCAGGUCGGUGCGGGAGCGGGAGAGCCGCACCAGGAAGAGCUCCAGCUCGUACGACGUCUCGUGCAGCCCGUCCCUGCAGAGCCGCGCGCUGCCCCCCGAGGAGGUGAGGAGCCAGGCUUCUGAUGACAGCUCCCUGGGCAAGAUCUCCAACAUCCUGAUGAUCCCACGGCCCCACCUGCACCAGUGUGAAGUCAGCAGCUCCUUGGGCUACACCAGCACCAGAGAUUUCCUUGAGAACAUGUUGGAGUCGCAGCAGCGCGACUCCAGCGCCCCGGGGCGGUUCCACGUGGGCAGCGCCGAGUCGCUGCUGCACAUCCGCCCGGGCGGGUACGCGCCCCAGCGCGCCCUCAUCAACCCCUUCGCCCCGUCCCGCAUGCCCAUGAAGCUGACAUCGAACCGCAGGCGCUGGAUGCACACCUUCCCCGUGGGUCCCUCAGGAGAAGCUAUCCAGAUCCAUCAUCAGACCCGGCAGAACAUGGCAGAAAUGCAGGGCAGUGGGCAGCAGGAUCUGACACAUUCCUCUGCAGAGCUGCUGGAGCUGGCUUACCAUGAGGCAACUGGCAGACACGGCAGCUCUCGGCACCCGGGGGAUGGCGGCUCCUUCCUGAGCUUCGGCGGGGCCGAGGAGUUCGGGAACGGGAACGGGCUGGGGGCCGGCCCCGGUGCAGGGGUGAACCUCAAAACUCAGAACAAGGAUUCCUUGGAAGAUGCUGUCUCUAAUUCUCCAGAUCCAAUGCCAGGCUUCUGUUGUACAGUUGGAGUGGACUGGAAGUCCCUGACCACCCCUGCCUGCCUGCCCCUCACCACCGAUUACUUCCCCGACCGCCAGAGCCUGCAGAACGACUACACCGAGGGCUGCUACGACCUGCUGCCCGAGGCUGACAUGGACAGGAGGGAUGAGGAAGGAGUGCAGAUGACAGCCCAGCAGGUGUUUGAGGAGUUCAUUUGUCAGCGCCUCAUGCAGGGCUAUCAGAUCAUUGUGCAGUCCAAGCCGCAGAAGCCGGCCCCGGCCGUGCCGCCCCCGCUCAGCAGCAGUCCCCUCUACAGCAGAGGUCUUGUGUCAAGAAAUAGACCUGAGGAAGAGGAUCAGUACUGGCUGAGCAUGGGCCGUACUUUCCACAAAGUCACCUUAAAAGACAAAAUAAUUACUGUGACUCGGUACCUGCCAAAGUAUCCAUAUGAAUCUGCUCAGAUAAACUAUACCUACAGCUUGUGCCCCUCACACUCUGACUCUGAAUUUGUCUCUUGCUGGGUAGAAUUUUCCCAUGAGAGACUAGAAGAGUACAAGUGGAAUUACUUGGAUCAGUAUAUCUGCUCUGCUGGCUCUGAGGAUUUCAGCCUUAUUGAGUCGCUGAAGUUCUGGAGGACGCGGUUCCUGCUGCUGCCCGCCUGCAUCAGCGCCACCAAGCGCAUCAUGGAGGGGGAGGCGCACUGCGACGUGUACGGCGACAAGCCCCGCUCGGACGAGGAGGAGUGGCAGCUCCUCGAUGGCUUCAUCCGCUUCGUGGAGGGCUUGAACCGCAUCCGCCGCCGCCACCGCUCCGAUCGAAUGAUCCGAAAAGGGUCUGCCAUGAAAGGCCUGCAGAUUGCUGGUCCAAUUCCCACUCACUCCCUGGAGCAGUCUGGACCUCCCAUUGGGAAAAAAGGAACCUCAGCACUCUCAGCUCUGCUGCAGAUGGAAGCCAGUCAGAAGACCCUGGGGGAGCAGCAAGCAGCAAUGCUUUCUGGGAAGAGCUCUGGCCAGCCUUCAGAGAGUGGGAGCAUUGCUAUCACACCCACCUAUAUGGACAGCCCUCGGAAGGAUGGGGCCUUCUUUAUGGACUUUGUUCGCAGCCCACGCACAGCUUCAACCUUCUACUCCCAGGUCUCUAUUGAUCAAUCAGUUCCUGCAUCCUCAGAUGGCAGCACCUUGCUACCCACGGGGCAGGUCCCUGACAGGAGCAGCAGCCAGGGGAGCACCCAGAACGCUGCAGAGCCAGGAUACAGCACAGCUGCUGCUGCAGAGGGCAGCUCUCAGCAGUGUUCAACAAGUGCUCUGACUUCCUCCUCCACUUUGGUAGAGAUUCUUGAAGCCAUGAAACACCCCACCACAGGGAUCCAGCUGCUCUCUGAACAGAAGGGGCUCUCCCCCUACUGCUUCAUCAGUGCAGAAGUUGUGCACUGGCUGGUGAAUAACGUGGAAGGGGUGCACACCCAGGCCAUGGCCAUUGACAUCAUGCAGAAAAUGUUAGAAGAGCAGCUUAUUGUCCAUGCAUCUGGAGAAGCUUUGCGAACCUUUAUUUAUGGCUUUUAUUUUUACAAGAUUGUUGUGGACAAAGAACCAGACCGAGUGGGGCUGCAACAGCCUGCCAUGUGGCACACAGCUGCCAUGGAUGACUUCUCAGCCUUCCAGAGGAAAUGGUUUGAGGUGGCCUUUGUGGCAGAAGAGCUGCUGCACUCGGAGAUCCCGGCGUUCCUGCUGCCCUGGCUGCCCAGCCGCCCCGCCUCCUAUGCAAGUAGGCACAGUUCCUUUAGCCGCAGUUUCGGAGGACGGAGCCAGGCAGCUGCACUCUUAGCUGCCACGGUGCCCGAGCAGCGCACGGUGACGCUGGAUGUGGAUGUGAACAACCGCACGGACCGGCUGGAGUGGUGCAGUUGUUAUUACCAUGGCAACUUCUCCCUGAACGCUGCCUUUGAGAUCAAGUUACACUGGAUGGCAGUGACUGCAGCUGUUCUUUUUGAGAUGGUUCAGGGCUGGCACAGGAAGGCCACCUCCUGUGGGUUCCUGCUCGUCCCAGUGCUGGAAGGCCCCUUUGCCCUGCCCAGUUACCUGUACGGGGACCCCCUUCGAGCUCAGCUCUUCAUCCCCCUCAACGUCAGCUGCUUGCUGAAGGAGGGCAGUGAGCAUUUGUUUGAUGGCUUCGAACCAGAAACAUACUGGGAUAGAAUGCAUCUUCUCCAGGAAGCAAUAGCACACAGAUUUGGAUUUGUACAAGAUAAAUAUUCAGCCUCUGCAUUCAACUUCCCAGCAGAAAACAAGCCCCAGUAUAUCCAUGUCACAGGGACAGUGUUCUUGCAGCUGCCCUAUUCCAAGAGGAAGUUUUCCAGCGGGCAGCAGCGGCGCCGGCGCAACUCCACGAGCUCCAGCACCCAGAGCCUGUUCUGUGAGGAGCGCAUCGGCUACAACUGGGCCUACAACACCAUGCUGACCAAAACCUGGCGCUCCAGCGCCACCGGCGACGAGAAGUUCGCAGACCGGCUGCUGAAGGACUUCACAGACUUCUGCUGGAACAAAGACAGCCGGCUCGUGGCGUUCUGGACUGACUGUCUGGACAAGAUGCAUGCCAGUGCCCCGUGAAUGGGCUUCUAUCUCUUAGGGAGACAGCUAGAAGCUUUACCUUGUGGCAAGGAAGUAGAAGUGAAGAGUCUCUCUAUUGGAUUCAUAUUGAGGCUCCAAGAGGACCUGAGUGAUAUUGCCGUUGAUAUUCAACAGAAUUUGAUUAAGUGCUUGGAAAAAAAGAAUUUGAGCUCUUGGCUUGCCAGUAUCUAUCACCUGACCUCAGCUUGGUUUUAAGUAGCUACAGUCCUUGGUUGCCAAAACUUCAGUUAGAGCAGAGGUAAAGAAAGGAGAGUGCAAAUGGUUUUCAAGGGCAGUUGGAUUCAGCACAGUGUGAUAGUAUCAGCUUCCAGUCCCUGGAAAUGGUCGGUGCCAGUUGGCAUCUGAUGUGCCUGGCAGCAGCCUGUCCCUUCCCCUUCCAAGGUGUACCUGAUUGUGUGAAUAUGUAAGAUAAGAUGUGAGAGAUGCUUGUUAAAUUUUCAUACAUGUAAAUAAGUAAAAUGCAGAAAAUAAAGUGACCUGAUGUUUUGUUGUAACUCCACAGACAGCAAUACAAAAUUGGUGAGUAAAAGAAAACAAUU